AUGUCUGUUCCCACUGAUGUCGAGGCCGUCGCGCCUGUGUACAAAGUGUACAAGCGACGGUUCUGGGGCUUGGCUCAGUUGGUCUUGCUGAAUAUCGUUGUUAGUUGGGAUUGGUUAACUUUCUCAUCUAUAUCGACUACGGCGGCGGAAUACUUCGAUGUAUCCGAAAGCGCUAUCAACUGGAUGAGCACCGGCUAUCUCUUCGCAUUCUGCGUUGUCAGCCCCCUGGUCAUCUGGAUCUUAAACAAAGGCGGUCCAAAACCAGCCAUCGUAACGACAGCAGCCCUGCUGCUAGUCGGCAACUGGCUCAGAUAUGCCGGCACAAAAGCAAAUGGCGGUAUCUUUGGACUAGCAAUGUUCGGCCAGAUCCUCAUCGGAUUCGCGCAGCCCUUCUGUCUCUGCGCACCGACACGAUAUAGCGAACUCUGGUUCUCAGAUCGCGGCCGAACAAGCGCAACAGCAGUCGCCAGUCUGGCGAAUCCGCUCGGAGCAGCAAUAGGCCAGCUGGUCGAUUCGGAAUGGGCGACCAACCCCUCCGAUAUACCAAAUAUGGUGUUGUACAUCUCCAUUAUUUCCAGCGUCGCAGCAAUCCCAUCCUUCUUCCUGCCCAGCAGACCUCCAACACCAGCCAGCGCCUCCAGCUCCAAUAUGGACCAAACCCCCCUCCUAUCAGCAACGAAACAACUAAUAAGCACCUGGGAAUUCUGGCAAAUCCUCCUCCCCUUCUCAAUAUACGUAGGCUUCUUCAACAGCAUAAGCAGCCUCCUAAACCAAAUCCUCAGUCCGCACGGCUUCACCGAAACAGAAGCCGGCAUCGCCGGCGCAAUCCUAAUAGUCGUGGGCCUAAUCACAGCAGCCAUCCUCUCUCCCCUAACAGACCGCUUCAAGCACUACCUGGGCAGCAUUCGCGUCCUGGUGCCGAUCAUUGCAGCCACGUAUAUCGGGCUUAUUUUCGCUCCUGGGAGUGGCGCGGGGAUUGCGCCUUCGUAUGUUGUUUGUGCGUUGCUUGGUGCAUCUUCUUUUGCGCUUUUGCCGAUUGUUUUGGAGUUUUUGGCGGAGAUUACUUAUCCGCUUUCGCCUGAGAUUGGGAGUACGAUUUGUUGGACUGGGGGGCAGUUGCUGGGUGCUUGUUUUAUUCUUAUUCAGGAUGCGUUGAAGAUGGGGAGUCAUGCGAGGGUUCCUGGGGAUAUGCGGAAUGCGUUGAUCUUUGCGGCCGUUGUCUCUGUUGCUGUUGCGCCUUUCCCGCUGACUAUUGGGUUGUUUGGGAGGGUUGUUGAAAGGAAGAGGUGGAUUGUUGAUUCUGGGAUUGAGUUGAGGAAUAGUGGGGAUGAGGAGAGAUCGAAGAAGGUUGAUAAAAUUGACUCGGUUGAUUCUGGGGGUUCUGCUGAUUCUGGUGGCUCUGGUGCUUCUGCCAGGGAUACGACGACUCUUUUACGCUGA